AUGCCUCCCAAGUACAACUUCUUCCGCGGCCACCCAUCUGCGGAGCUGCUCCCCGCCAAGCAGGUGCUCGAUGCCACCCAUACCGUUUAUGAGCGGGUGAUUCUGGACGAAAACCACUACGAUGACGUGCUCAACAGGCACCCACUGCAGUACGGCUGUGAUCUGGGCAAUCUCGAGGUCCGUACGGCCAUUGCCGAUUGGAACACCCGCCAGUUCGGGCUCAAAGUGCCCAGUGACCCCCGCUGCAUCAACAUGACCAACGGGGCCAGCUACGGAAUCAUGAACAUCCUUGCACAAACAACUUCCCCCCACAACGGACUCACCAGAAGAGCGUUCUUGGUGACCCCUACGUACUUCCUGAUCAAUACCACGUUCAUCGACGCCGGGUUCGGGGGUAAGCUAUCGGGGAUCGAGGAGCUCGAGGACGGCCAGAUCGACCUGGACGAGUUUGCCCGGCAAUUGGAAUACUACGACUCGUUGGAGGAGAUAAGAUCCCCCACCGAGGAAGAUCUGAAGGCCAUCCAGCACCCAAAAAAGCUCCCCAAAAAGAUCUAUAGAUACGUUUUGUACGUGACACCAACGUUCUCCAACCCAAGAGGCGGCACAUUGACUGCGGAAACCCGGUACAAGCUCGUGGAGCUGGCAAGAAAGCACGAUAUGCUGAUUAUCUGUGAUGAUGUCUACGACUUGCUGGACUACACAGUUCCAAGCACAGAGACCCCUAAGCUUGUUCCGCGGAUCGUGUACUGCGACAAGGAGACACUGACGGACCCCAACAGCCCCGGCAACACCGUUUCGAAUGCCACUUUCUCCAAGCUUGUGGGGCCCGGUUUGCGUGUGGGGUGGCAGGAAACUGUUUCCCCCACACUGACAAAACUGAUCGACCAAGGUGGAGCACAUAUCUCUGGAGGGUCCCCGGCACAUACCAACAGCGUGAUAAUCGGCGAGCUGAUUGUUUCUGGCGAGAUGGACAAGAUUGUGACUGGGCUGAGGGAAGCGUACACCGAACGGUCCAAGGCUCUUCAUGAAGCUGUUGAAAAGUACAUGCCAAAGGGCACCGUUGUGAGUGGGGGUGACGGAGGGUAUUUCGUGUGGGUGACGUUGCCCGAGGAGUACGACUGUCGACUGAGUUGCGAAAAGGCGGCGGAACAGGGGCUUCUUCUGGCAAACGGCGACCAUUUCGAGGUGGUGGGCGACAGCCGCGGAUGGGGGUCCCGUGCUGCACGGCUGUCUCUCAGUUUCCUGUCCCAGGAGGCCAUCGUUGAAGGAAUUAAAUUGUGGGGGCAGAUUUGCAACCAGUGCAGAAAAUAG